UGCGAAAGCAUCGUCUUCCCUAAUUUUCCCUCAAAGCUCUGUUUCUUCUGCUUUGUAAAGUGAGCAGUGAGCACUACUGAAAUGCUGAGAAGACAACCCAGCAAGAUCGAGGUCAAAAUCGAAGACAAGGAAGAACUCGAACAGACUCGCAAACGCGCCGCCGCAACCACCACCACCACCGACGCGACCUCUGCCGCCGCCUCCCUCCUUCAUAACAUCAACCGCAACAAAGAUCAGACCUCCAAAGCCCAGCGCCUUGGCAUCUCCUCUUGAAACAAUCGAAAUGGAGGUGGAGGUGAAGCUUCGCCUUCCUGAUACCGUUUCUCAUGGUCAGGUAUCAACCCUUCUUUCGCCAUUCCAUGUUAAGACCCAUCGUCAAGAGAAUUUCUUCUUUGACGGCUUGUCCGAUGAGCUCUCGGCUCGGCGAGCGGUUCUCCGUAUCCGAUUCUACGACGGGGAUGCUCGUUGUGUGAUCUGUCUUAAAGCCAGAGCGGUUCUGGUUGACGGCGUUAGUCGAGUCGAGGAAGACGAAGAGGAAUUGGAGCCGUCUGUUGGCCGGGCCUGCGUGGAGGAUCCACAUAGGUUGAAAGAAGUGGAGUCUAGGAUUAUGAGAAGGGUUAAAGAUGAAUUUGGGGAUUCUGGAUUUGUGGGGUUAGGAGGGUUUAGGAAUGUGAGGGAUGUGUUUGAAUGGAAUGGAUUGAAGUUGGAACUGGAUGAGACUGGUUUUGAAUUUGGGACUUUGUAUGAGAUUGAGUGCGAAAGCAAUGAUCCAGAUGCAGCCAAGAAAAUGCUCGAGGACCUACUGAAGGAGAAUGGAAUUGCGUACUCGUACUCUGAAGCUUCAAAGUUUGCGAUUUUUCGAUCUGGGAAGCUGCCAUAGUAGAGAGAUAUCGAUCAUGUGGCUUCCAAGGGAACCAUGAGUUGAGAGAUCUUGGCGGCCAAGCAAAUGGAGAGACAGAACCAAGAAGGCACCAUUGUUUUCUUCAUCAAGUCUCUAAAAGUACAUUCUGCUGUUUCACUAUUUAUCAGUAUUGCACAUUGGAAAACACCAUAUACUGACUAUUGAUAUGCUGAUAUUUCUAAUAAGCUUUUCUGCACUGCCUGUGGAUGAAA